GAGGCCAAAUGCGCAGAUUGGAAAUCACAUGGGCAGUGUAUGAGGGUAGUACUGGCAGUAUAGAAAGCCUAGAUCGCUGAUAUUCAACUUUUCUCCCUCAUGGAUGACUAUUACUGCGCUAGGUCCUUUACCGUUGCUGAGUUGAGCGCUAUAUAAUAGGAAAUAUGACGCGGGGGAUCUCUUGCUGUGCCGGGGUAAUGUCGGACAGGCUGUGAGGCACAGUAGCCCAGCAGCAGAAAGAAAUAAAAGUUGGUCUGCUAUAAAUAGCGAACUACCUCCCCUCCCCUCCGAGCAGCGGCAGGACCCAGCGCUGGGCUGACUUGCUAUUGGAUUAAAAUAGCAUCAUCUGUCCUGCCCUCCCAUGCCUGGGCCGCAGCCGGGCGCACAGUCCCAGCACUGUUAGGGAGCAGCAGGAAUGGGAAGAUGGCUGAAGACCUGGGAGAGCUGCUGGUCCCUUACAUGCCCACCAUCAGGGUACCCAAGUCAGGGGACAGGGUCUACAAGACGGAGUGCGCCUUCUCUUAUGACUCCCCUGAGUCUGAUGGAGGUCUGUAUGUGUGCAUGAGCACAUUCCUUGGAUUUGGCAGAGAACAUGUAGAGCGGCAUUAUAGGAAAACAGGGCAGUCAGUCUACAUGCACUUAAAGCGCCACAUCAGACUGAAAGCAACUGGCGCAUCAGGCGGGGCCUUUCCAAAAAGAAUAAAUGGGAGACUAUUUUUAGAUCUAGAAAAUAACACCGAGAUGAACACUGAAGAUUAUGAAUACGAAGAUGAAGCAAAACUUGUUAUAUUCCCAGAUCACUUUGAAAUUGCCUUACCUAAUAUAGAAGAGCUACCCGCAUUGGUAACAAUAGCCUGUGAUGCAGUCCUCAAUUCAAAGUCUCCAUAUAGAAAGCUUGACCAAGAAUCAUGGGAAGAAGAACUCCAGGUUUCAAAGUUUGCAAACAACCUUGUGCAAAUAGAUAAUGGUGUGAAGAUUCCACCAAGUAGCCUGUUUCUCAGUGGCUGGAAGUGCUCCAAGUGUGAUCUCCAAGAGAACCUGUGGUUGAACUUGACAGAUGGCUCCAUUAUGUGUGGAAGGUGGUUUUGUUCAGGCAGUGGUGGGAACGGACACGCUCUUGAACACCAUAAGCAAAUGGGCUACCCUUUGGCAGUAAGACUAGGAAGUAUCACUCCAGAUGGGGCAGAUGUGUAUUCCUUUGAUGAAGAGGAAGCAGUUAUAGAUCCCCACCUGGCCAAGCACCUUGCGCACUUUGGCAUUGAUAUGCUGCAGAUGCAGGGAAGUGAGAAUGGUGUCCUGGACAAUGAAGUCAAACCAAGAGUUAAUGAGUGGGAGGUUAUCCAAGAAACUGGAUUAAAGUUAAAGCCAAUGUUUGGCUCUGGCUACACUGGCAUUAAAAACCUUGGGAACAGCUCCUACCUCACUACAGUGAUGCAAGUCAUCUUUAGCAUCCCUGAGUUUCAGAGAGCAUAUGUGGGGAACCUUACACGAAUAUUUGAUUAUGCACCUCUGGACCCAACACAGGAUUUCAGCACACAGAUGGCUAAACUUGGCCAUGGUCUGCUGUCAGGACAGUUCUCCAAACCUCCAAUGAAAUCUGAGCUAAUCGAGCAGGUGAUGAAAGAAGAACACAAGCCUCAACCAAAGGGCAUUAACACUCGAAUGUUUAAAGCUUUAAUGAGCAAAGGUCAUACAGAAUUUUCCUCGAACAGACAACAAGAUGCAGAAGAAUUUUUUCUACACUUUAUAAACCUGGUAGAGAGAAAUAGUAUAGGCGCGGAGAACCCAAGUGAUGUCUUCAGGUUUUUAGUGGAGGAAAGGACACAGUGCUGCCAGUCAAGGAAAGUGCGUUAUACUGAAAGAGUUGACUACAUCAUGCAACUGCCAGUGCCCAUGGAAACUGCUACAAAUAAAGAGGAACUGAUUGCAUAUGACCUGAAAAGAAGAGAAGCAGAGAGUGCAAAGAGGCCUCCACCGGAGCUGGUCCGUGCCAAGAUCCCAUUCAGUGCCUGCUUACAGGCCUUUACAGAGCCUGAAAAUGUGCCUGACUUCUGGAGCAGUGCUCUUCAAGCCAAGUCUGCGGGUGUUAAGACAUCUCGCUUUGCUUCAUUCCCUGAAUACCUGGUAGUCCAGAUAAAGAAGUUUACAUUUGGCCUUGAUUGGGUACCCAAGAAACUUGAUGUGAGUAUAGACAUGCCAGAUCUUCUUGACAUCAACCAUCUCAGAGCUACAGGGCUCAAAUCAGGAGAAGAGGAACUUCCAGAUAUUGCUCCUCCUAUUAUCAUUCCUGAUGAUCCCAACGAUCAUUCCAGGAACCACUUUAUGGAAUAUCCUGACAUAGAUGAAUCUUCAGUGAUGCAGUUGGCAGAAAUGGGCUUUCCUCUUGAAGCCUGCCGGAAAGCAGUGUAUUACACAGGGAGCAUGGGGGCAGAAGUGGCAUUUAACUGGAUUAUUGCGCACAUGGAAGAACCAGAUUUUGCAGAACCGUUAAUCAUUCCUGGUUGUGGAACAGUGACCUCUACAUCAUCUCAUGGGCAGAAUGCGCUAUUAAACCAGCCACCAGAAGAGAUUGUAGCACUUAUUUGCUCUAUGGGUUUCCCAAGAAAUCAUGCUCUCCAGGCACUAAGAGCCACAAACAAUAAUCUUGAAAGAGCUCUGGACUGGAUGUUCUCUCACCCAGAGAGUGAAGAAGGAGCUGAUAAUGUCUCUGGCUGUGUGGAUACAGAGAACAAUCCCAAUGGCAUUAUCACUGACAGUGAACAGGAAGGCCCUAGAAUAAAGGAUGGCAAUGGAAGAUAUGAACUCUUUGGAAUUAUCAGUCAUGCAGGAACAUCUACAAUGUCGGGACAUUAUGUCUGCCAUAUCAAAAAGGAAGGAAGAUGGGUGAUUUAUAAUGACCAUAAAGUUUCUGCAUCAGAGCGACCUCCAAAGGAAUUGGGCUACAUUUACUUCUAUCAUAGAAUAUCAUGUUAAAUCCUUGUUUGGGUUCCAGGGCUGUAAAAUUAAAUGCAACUUUUUAAUCCUAAUCCAAAAAGUGUAAAUGAGCGGAAAACGGGGGUUGGGUUGGGUUGACACAAGACUGCCAGAAUACCAAGAGAUAUAUCUAAAUAUUUAUAGCACACCUAAGUAUAAAUAUUUAAAGAGAACCUAUUAUUUGAGGCCUUUUUAAGUGCUAAACUGAAUGUUUCCAAUAGUUAAAUGACAUUGUUGCUUUGUGUACUUUUAUAUGUAAAUUAAUUCAUGCUUUACUUACUUCACUGCCAGAGGCAGUGGUUACUUUUUUUCAUUUUAAUUCAUUUGAAAGUUGAUACUGAGAAGUAUUAUGCCUGGGUUCCCAAUAUCUCUUGAAAUUUGAAGAAAGUAUAAAUAAGUUCUAAAAAUAUGUAUUUGAUAUUCAAUUUGUUUUUUCACCUGCUAUUCUAAUGUAUGUCCAGUAGGUGGUGGUGGUGUUGUAAUUGUUGGCAUAACAUUAAGGAGGAAUUGGACAACCUCUCUGCAGUUCAGAAAGCAAUAUAAGAGUAGCUUGUUGGAAUAUA